AUGAAUAGCAGAGCAUUCAAAUUUCGUCCGUAUGAACUGGUUCAAGAGUUUUACAACAAAGGUUGUUUCGAACCAGGACCAAGAAGUGGUCAUAGGAUGUGUUGUGAUGAAAGCAAUCUUUUUGUUUAUGGAGGUUACAACUUUGAAAGUGCAAGUGAUUCUCAUAAUUUAUAUAAGGAAAUUCUUAGUUACAAUUUCGUGUCCCGAAAAUGGCGAAAAGUUAACACAAAUAGUAAUCUUGAUGACAAAUGUCCAGAUGAAUUGGCUUCUAGUUCUAUGAUUAUGUUUGGAAAUACUUUAGUUGUGUUUGGUGGUACUUCAUAUCCUUUUGGAAUGCAAUGUUCCAACAAAGUAACGUUAAUUUCUAUCAAUUAUGGUGGAACAUAUCGAAUAGAGGAACUUCAGACACUUAAUGAAGAACGAGAGCAACCACCUGGUCAAUAUGGGAUACUUGACUUUGCUUCACAAUGUUGGAAAUUGUUGGCUCUUAGUCGUCCUGAAAUUGAUGCAGAUCAUCCUAUCGGUCGAUAUCGUCACGAAAUUGCGAUUGACGAACGUUUCAUUUAUAUUUUUGGUGGAGGUACUGCAGAUGUUGUGUUCGAUUUAAAGACAAUUCCCGUAUACGAUCUCAAAUACAACAAAUGGGACAAAAUUUCAACGUUUCCAGACCCUGACCAAGGCUAUCCAAAUCCACGCAAAUGUCAUUCAUUAGUGCAACACACUAUUAAAGAUUGUGAUAAAACUAAAGAGGAAACUUUUAUUUUUAUUGCUGGGGGAAAUUGUCAUGAAGGACCAUUAAACGACAUUUGGAAAAUGUCUCUUAGUUCAAGACAGUGGAUCUGCUUUCGACAAACAAGUCUAAGAACUUCACUUUUCUUUCAUGACGCUUGCAUAACUCCUGAUGGUGCCAUGUACAUCUUUGGAGGAAUUACCACAAAUUUAUCAAGAUCCAACAAUCUUUAUAAAAUUUGGGUGAAAAUUCCAAAGUUAUCAGUUAUUUGUUGGGAAGCUUAUCUUCAUUAUUUUCCUAGAAUUUACCGUGAAUCUAGAGAAUUUAUGCUAAAAUCGGGAAUUCCAAUUUAUUUCACAAAUCGCGUACAUAACCAGUGUGAAUGA